AUGGGUGUCCCAGCCUUGUUCAGAUGGUUAUCUAAGAAAUAUCCUAAAAUCGUUUCUAGGGUAGUUGAAGAUACACCUAAAAAAGUUAGAACGCAAGAUGGUGAAAUUGAAGAAAUACCAGUACAAUAUGAUGGACCUAAUCCGAAUGGAUUUGAAGUGGAUAAUCUGUACUUGGAUAUGAACGGUAUCGUACAUCCGUGUACACAUCCAGAGGGUAAACCAGCACCUGAAACAGAAGAGGAAAUGAUGGUUGAGAUCUUCAACUAUACUGAAAGGGUAGUCAACAUGACUAGACCUAGAAAGGUGCUCAUGAUGGCUAUUGAUGGUGUUGCCCCAAGAGCAAAGAUGAAUCAACAACGUUCGAGAAGAUUCAGAGCAGCCCAAGAAGCUGCUGAUAAAGAGGAGGAAAGGAGAGAAGCUAUCAAGAUGUUCGAAGCUAUGGGUCAUCAAGUUUCAGAAGAGACUCAGAAUCAUAAAUCUUGGGAUACGAAUGCUAUCACUCCCGGAACACCAUUCAUGGAUCUAUUAUCAAUAUCAUUGAAAUAUUGGGUUUCAUAUAAACUAUCAACUGAUCCAGGAUGGAAAAACUUGAAAGUAAUCUUAUCCGAUUCAGGUGUACCUGGAGAAGGUGAACAUAAAAUUAUGGACUGGAUAAGACGUCAACGUUCGCACGAAACUUGGAAUGCCAAUACAUCACAUGUCAUUUAUGGAUUAGACGCGGAUUUGAUUAUGCUUUCUUUAGCUACUCAUGAACCUCAUUUCAGAGUUUUGAGAGAAGACGUUUUCGCUCAAGGUAAUAAAGGUCCUCAACCAUGUAAGAAUUGUGGUCAAUCAGGUCAUCUAACUUCGAACUGUAUUGGUGAGAAGAAGAAGAAAGAUCCUAACGUCGUCGAAGUGGCUAAACCAGUCGAUCCUAAACCAUUCAUCUUCCUUGACGUCUCAUGUCUCAGAGAAUAUCUAGCAGUUGAACUAAAUCUUCCGGGUGUACCAUUCUCAUUUGACCUUGAAUUAGCUAUAGAUGAUUGGAUUUUCAUGAUUUUCUUCGUUGGAAAUGAUUUCUUACCGCAUUUACCAAGUUUGGAAAUUCGUGAAGGUGCCAUUGAUGUUUUACUGAAAAUAUGGAGAGCGGAAUUACCCAGAAUGGGCGGAUACUUGACCAAUCAUGGUAAAGUUAAUCUUGACAGAGCUCAAAUCAUAUUAGAAGGCUUGGCGAAGAAUGAAGAUGAGAUCUUCCAAAAAAGAAAAGAAGAUGAAGAGCGACAAGAUCAUCAUUCGAAGAGAAGAAGAGUUGAUGACCAUCGUCGACAGAAUGAAGCUAAAUCAUCGUCCAAAAGUGGUGCGCCUGAUUCAUCACAUACUCGAUUUGAUUCGCCACCCAAAGGAACAAUGCAAUUGAAUGGACAAGAAUACGUUGCCAUCGAACCUUCAGCAACGGCCAGAGGAGGUGCUCUACAUCCUUCACUACCUUCUAGACCAGCGUUCGAUAUCGUUCCCAAAGAAGAAGCCGAGAAGAAAGAGAAUGACGCGGUCAAGAAAGGAAUAGCAGCCAUGUCAAAUACUGCAUCCAAUUCUGAUAUAGUCAAAAACAGAAGAGCCAUAAGAAUGGCCAACCUAAGUGCUGCUCAAGCUCUAAAAGCUGAACUAGAAGGUGAUCAUGAGAUCGAGACUGUAACAGUGGAAAACACCGAGGAUGAAGAGAAAGAGCAACUACCACUGGAAGAGGCCAAGGAUAUACUGGAACAGCAGGGCGAAGACGAAGGUGUGGAUGAAGAAAUCGUGCCUCCCGCUUUGAAAUCGGAUGAAGAUGAAGGCGAAGCUGCGAUUGGUGAGGAGACCAUUGUAGUAGACGAGGAGGAACCCGGCGAUGAUAACGAGGAAACACCAAGAACAAAUAAGAGAAAGAGGACUAGAGGUGAUAACACGGAGGAGAAUGAUGAAGAUGAUGAUGAUGACGAGUCAAGUAAUUCCGAUGAUGACGAUGUCGAAGCUCCUCCUAAUCCUGAAGCAGAUCAACCUGUCCCCAAGAAGAAGCUGAAGGUCAACCCUGAUGGAACAGUCGAAGGUUACGAAGAUGAUGUAAAACUCUGGGAACCUGGGUAUAGAGAGCGAUAUUAUGAGAAGAAGUUUGGUUCGUCAUUAUCUGAUACUGAUUUCAUAACUCAGAUCACUCGAUCGUACAUGGAAGGACUAUGCUGGGUAUUGGAAUACUACUAUCAAGGUGUUCCAGCUUGGGAUUGGUACUACCCAUAUCAUUAUGCUCCUUUCGCCCAAGAUUUCAAAGAUAUCGGUAAAUUCAAUAUUGAAUUCAAAGUCAGCCAACCUUUCAAACCUUUUGCGCAAUUAUUAGGUGUUUUCCCAGCUGCGAGUCGAAUACAUUUACCAGAACCAUUGCAAACAUUAAUGACGAAUGAUGAUUCACCAAUCCUUGAUUUCUACCCAUCAGACUUUGAGAUUGAUAUGAAUGGCAAAAAAAUGGCGUGGCAAGGUGUUGCUUUGUUACCUUUUAUUGAUCAACAUCGAUUACUCGCCGCCUUGAAAUCGAAAGAAGAUGAAUUGACAGAUGACGAAAAGAGAAGAAACAGCUGGGGUGAUAAUGUCAUGUUCGUUGGAGCAAACAACACUCAAGGAUUAUAUGAUUCGUUGUGUGAUCUAUAUGGACUAAAAGCCAAAUCGAUAACGAAGCCAAUCGAGAUCGAUCCCAGAAAAUCUGAUGAAAUGACAGGAUCAGUAUUACCUGAUACAAACUGUAUACCUGGAUCGACAUUAGAAUCACCUUUACCAUCAAUUGAUGAAUGCCCAGAUUUAGAUGGAGAUACAGAAGCUGGACAUUCAGCCAAUACGUCUAUUUCAGUCCGGUAUUAUUUCCCUAGACAGGCACAUCCGCACCGAUCGAUAAUUUUACCAAGAUAUAAACCUGGACCAUCGAGAUUGAAUGAAAGUGAUAAAGAUUGGGUAAGACGUAACGGUAAUGGAGGAGGAGGAGGAGGACAUCGUGGAAAAGGUCCAAGAUAUGGCAAUGGUGGUGAUAACAGAACUGGUGGACCAGGUAUGUCAAGAGGUGGAUAUCAUCAAACACCUCAACCAAAUCAACCUCAAAGAUCAGCAAAUGGUUAUCCAAAACCCCCUCAAGGUGCUCCUUCAAGCGGAUAUGGAUCAUAUGGAAAUGGUGGAUAUAAUCCACCUCCACCCAGACCUGUAGCUGCAUAUGGAGCCGCACCGCAAUCGUAUACAGGCGGAGGAAGUUAUAACGCUCCUGCCGCUCCAGGAGGGUAUGGUGGUUACGGUGGUUAUGGCGGCGGUUCAGCUUACAGUGCAUACAACCCACCACCGCCAGUGCCACAAGGUCGGAACCCGAAUCCAUACGCUGCACCACCACCCAACCCGUAUGGAGCACCACCAAGGCCGGCAUACGGCGCUCAAGGUGGUCAAGGUGGUUAUGGAGGUUCAGGAAGAGGUGGAUAUAAUCCCUAUGGAGGUGGAGGUGGGAAUGGUGCUUACCAACCUAGAAACAACGGUGGUGGUGGUGGCGGUGGUAGAAGAUAUUAG